AUGUCCCACUAUUCAACCCCUUACUACCCCACCACAACCUCCAUCCCCAUCCCGCCCACCAAGUCAGCCUACCAAUCCCCCUACUCUCCAUACUACCCACCCGCCGAGGAGACAGGGACGUACUCCGUCUCGCCCCCUGAGCUCACAGAUGAUGGGCACAGUUUGGUGAGCACUGGUGGUGGUAGCUACUCUAUCGGUCCGUCGGGGUCGGUCUCCUCGGGGUCAGACUACUACUAUGGUGGUGGGUCUGGGGUUGGGGGGGAUGUUGCGGCGGGAAAUGUGGCGAAUGUGGAUUUGAACGAGUACAUGGCUGAGAGGUUCAGCGGGGGGGUGAUGGAUUCGGUCGGGGGGGUGAUGGAUGGUUCUGGUCAUUUGAACGCCAAACACAGGGAACUGCUCGAGUUGCAGGCCAAAGCGCAGGCGAGGCUGGCAAAGACGAGGGCGAGGUUCGCGCAGGGGAUGGAGGAUGCGAGGGAGGUGAGGGAGGAUUUGGAGUGGACUCAGAGGAAGGUUGCAGAACAGGGGCUAAUAAUGGAGAAUAGGUCGCUCAAGACAAAAGCGUCAAAGAAGCACACAAAAGAGUACACCAAAGCUCGCGCUCGGUACCCAAGCCCAGAUUACUGA